AUGGAAGCGAUCGGCGACGACGAUGAGCUAAGAAAGAGCACAGCUUCUCAGGGGAGAAGAAUCUCCUCUACGAUUCUUCUUCUUCUUCUUCUUCUGUUAAUCUCCUUGAGCUCGAGGGUUUCUGGUUCGAUAGACGAAUCCGGAAGAAGAGUGAUUGAAGCGAGAACUGGGCAAGACUUGAUUUGGGUUGUUCAGCUAUCGGAUCUCCAUUUCAGUGUUCAUCACCCAGAAAGAGCCCUUGAUUUCAAAAACAUAGUGGGAUCUGCUCUCUCUCUGAUCAACCCUUCUCUUGUCCUUAUCACCGGCGAUCUCACAGAUGGGAAGAGCAAAGACAUGUUAACAAUGAAGCUAAAUGAAGAUGAGUGGUUAGAAUAUGAGAGUGUGAUGCAGGAUGUUGUGAAGAGAAGUGGGUUGAAUAAGUCACUAUUCUAUGAUCUUAGAGGUAACCACGACAACUUUGGUGUUCCCUCUGUUGGUUCAUCUGUUGAUUUCUUCUCCAAGUAUAGCAUCAAUGCACAGAUGGGAAGGAAAGAGAAUGUUAACGCCGUCACUGUUGAGACUAGUGAACGUAAACAUUUGUUUGUUGGUGUUGACACAACGAUGCAUAUUGGACUACGAGGACCCACGAAUCUCUUUGGGCACCCAACUGAUGAACUUUUGAGCUCGCUUGACACACACCUGUCGCAGUGGGACAACCAAUCAACAAAGCCUGUGACGAAGAUAUCAUUUGGGCAUUUUCCGUUGUCCUUCUCGGCGCUGACACAUUCUAAGAAGAGCCUUAAAGAUGUUUUCUUGAAGCACUCCAUCUCUGCUUAUCUGUGUGGCCAUCUUCACUCAAGGUUUGGCAAGAACCUUAAAAGACACCAUCACUCUGGUGGUGGUAUCAGUUUAUCAGAUAAUGACUUGUUUCAGCUGAAUAUGAGGCAGAGUAGUGUUGAAAGCACUUCCAACUGCUCGUUUGGAGCCUUGCCAGCUGCAGAGUUCUGGGAAUGGGAGAUGGGUGACUGGAGGAAAAACAGGGCAAUGCGGAUCAUGGCCAUUGAUAGGGGUCAUGUUUCAUAUCUUGAUCUUGACUUCAAGUCAAAAUCCCAGAAGACAAUCAUAUUACCAACCUUUCCAUUAGAUUCUCGUUUCAUGUCAACAUCAUUUGCACGCCACAGAUACGAAUGCCAACAUAUGAUCUCUUCAUCUUACGACGCAAUCAGAACCAUUGUGUUUUCUCAUUCCCUGGUUGUCGAAGUUGUAGCUAGAGUUUAUGACUCAAGCCCUGGAUUCAACAAUCUGGUCAUGGAAGCUCCAAUGAGAAAACACGGAGACGAUUCUUCUUCUUCUUCCGGGGCAUCGUUUUUUUCGCUUCCAUGGAACUAUAGAGCCUUUGAAGAUCCCUUACCUGAUAGAUUUUGGCUGCAAAUAGAAGUGACUGACGUCAAAGGCAGAUCAACUUUCUCAGAAAUGCGACCGUUUUCCAUCAAUAGUCUAAGCUCUAAAGUCUCAUGGACAUGGAAUGAGUUUCGUGUCAUGGGAUGCCAAUGGGCGGCGUUAUAUUACCCGAUUCUCUGGUCUGCUCUGUAUUGCUUGUUUCUCGUUUUUCUCAUCCCCAAAAGCAUUAUCAUUGUCUUCAAGAAGCAAUACACUCUCAAAAAGUUCAUGGCUAAGAAAGGACCAAUCACACUUGUGCUCUGGAUUCUCCAAGACCUUUGCAGGAUCCCUGUGGUCUGGUUCGGUUACAUGGCGUAUCUCUUUUAUCUCAUAUUCUUUCCUUGGUUCUCCGGUGAAGUGUUCACUGAUCCCGGGAACAGAACGUACAUGACUAUAAUGGGAUGGGUGGUCACGAGCUCAGGAGCAGGGGAGAGGAAGCAUGAAUACAUUGGACAGCCUGAUGUAAUGGUUCUGGUGAUCCCUCAUCUGAUCUUUGUUGUGAUCCCCAGUGUCUUUGUCGUGUGUUGUCUGGUUGCGGAGAGAGAAAUGUACAAAGAUCACAUUAGAGUCGACUCUGGUAAGAAAGAGGAUGACCAUGACCGAGGAAGGAAGAAGAGAUGGCAACGCCGUUCGCUGUUGUUCUCUGACAGAAGACUGAUUCGGAAAUCGCUCUUGCUGGCUUCAUUGGCUCUAUACUGGAAACAUUUCAAGAAUUGCUGGGCUCUGGCUAGAGCGUAUGAGAUGAACAUGGUGCUUCAUUUUCCAGGUUACAGUUUUGUGAUGGCCAUGGAUUCUGAUGACAUGGAAACUGAGAGCGCCGAUCAAGUCACUACCAGUCCUCUGCCAUUUGCUAGAAGUUACCAAGUGGAGGCACUUGAGAAAGCUAUAAAGCAGAACACAAUUGUGUUCUUGGAGACUGGCUCUGGAAAGACCCUUAUCGCCAUCAUGCUUCUUCGUAGCUAUGCCUACCUUUUCCGCAAGCCCUCUCCCUGCUUCAGCGUCUUCUUGGUUCCUCAAGUGGUUCUUGUCAGUCAACAAGCAGAAGCCCUGAAGAUGCACACUGAUCUAAAAGUUGGUAUGUAUUGGGGAGAAAUGGGAGUUGACUUUUGGGAUUCUUCAACAUGGCAACAAGAAGUCGAUAAAUAUGAGGUUCUUGUGAUGACCCCUGCCAUUUUGCUCGAUGCAUUGAGACAUAGUUUUUUGAAGAUGAACAUGAUCAAGGUUCUAAUAGUUGAUGAGUGCCAUCAUGCUGGGGGAAAGCAUCCCUAUGCUUGUAUCAUGAGGGAGUUCUAUCACAAGGAUUUAAACUCUGCAAUUUCCGAAGUUCCCCGGAUAUUUGGGAUGACUGCAUCCCUUGUAAAAACAAAAGGUGCGAAGUUAGAUAGCUACUGGAAAAAGAUUCAUGAACUCGAAACUCUAAUGAAUUCAAAGGUCUUUACCUGUGUGAAUGAGUCCGUGCUGGCUGGGUUUGUCCCCUUUUCUACACCACACUUCAGGUACUACGAGCACAUGGAAAUACCAAGUUCUAAACGCGCAAGCUUGGUAGGGAUGCUGGAAAAUCUAACUACAAAGCAUCGCUUCUCACUUGCAACCUUGGAUCUCAAAGCCUCUACUGUUGAUUCUAUAGAGAAGAGACUGCGGAAGAUAAGUUCAUGCCUAACUUAUUGUUUGGAUGAUCUCGGAAUUUUGCUGGCGCAGAAGGCUGCUCAGUCAUUGUCAACCAGUCAGAAUGACUUUUUCUUGUGGGACCAACUAAAUAUGUUUAGUGAGACCUUCGUCAAAAAAUUCUGCUCUGAUGCUUCACAAGAGUUCUUAGUUGACAUACCUCAUGGUCUUGAUUGGGGUGUCACUAACAUGAAAGAAAAUUUGGAGGCAGGUCUUAUAACGUCAAAAACAUUCUGCCUCAUUGAAUCUCUUCUUGGUUAUAGGUCCUUGGAGAACAUACGGUGCAUUGUUUUUGUGGAUAGGGUGAUAACAGCAAUGGUUGUGGAAUCCCUUUUGGCUGAGAUUCUUCCAAACUACAAUAACUGGAAAACCAAGUACGUUGCAGGAAAUAACUCUGGUCUGCAAAGUCAAACCAGGAAGAAGCAAAAUGAAAUUGUGGAAGACUUCCGGAGAGGCUUGGUAAACAUCAUUGUAGCAACAUCUAUUCUUGAAGAGGGUCUAGAUGUUCAAAGUUGCAAUCUGGUUGUCAGAUUUGAUCCUGCAUCCAACAUUUGCAGUUUCAUACAGUCUCGUGGGCGUGCUAGAAUGCAAAAUUCAGAUUAUUUGAUGAUGGUGAAAAGUGGAGACCUAUUAACACAAGACCGAUUAAUGAAAUUCCUUUCUGGUGGGAAAAGAAUGCGUGAAGAGUCUUUGGAUCAUUCUCUUGUCCCCUGUCCACCUCUUCCAGAAGAUUCAUCCGAGGAUUUCUUCCGAGUAAACAGUACGGGAGAAAUUGUAACUCUUAGCUCAAGCGUCAGCUUAAUCUAUUUCUACUGCUCAAGGCUUCCUUCAGAUGAAUACUUCAAACCAGCUCCUAGAUUUGAUGUAGACAAGGAUCAGGGGAUUUGCACCCUUUACCUACCUAAGAGCUGCCCAGUAAAAGAAGUAAGAGUUCAAGCAAAUGCUAAUGUGUUAAAACAAGCUGCCUGUCUUAAAGCUUGCAUUCAGCUGCACAAAGUUGGAGCUCUGACUGAUAAUCUUGUGCCUGACAUAGUUGUGGCGGAAACUGUCCAACAAAAACUCGGGAAAAUCGAGUAUAACACAGAACAGCCAUGUUACUUUCCCCCAGAGCUAGUCUCCCAGUUCUCAGCACAGUCGCAGACAACAUACCACUUCUACUUAAUAAGAAUGAAGACAGACUCUCCAAGAAAUUUUCGUUUUACCGAUAUUCUUCUGGGCACCAGAGUUGAACUUGAAGAUGACAUUGGGAACACUUGCUUCCGGUUGGAAGACCAUAUUGGUACAAUAGCUGUGACAUUGAGUUAUGUGGGAGCUUUUCACUUUACUCAAGAGGAGGUCCUUUUGUGUAGAAAGUUUCAGUUAACUCUUUUCCGAGUUCUUUUGGAUCGCAGUGUGGAAAAUUUGAUGAAGGCAUUGGAUGGAUUGCAUCACAAAGAAGGGGUGGCACUUGACUAUCUACUACUUCCAUCCACUCAUGAGCAUGGAACAUCUCUUAUCAAUUGGGAUGUGGUUAGAUCAGUGAAUUCAACUUGUCAUAAAGCUGAGGAAAGACACAUUAAUUGUUCUGCCAAGGCUGCUUCUCGCAUUAUACACACAAAAGACGGUUUGGCUUGUACUUGUGCCGUGGAAAAUGCAUUGGUUUACACUCCACAUAAUGGAUACGUCUACUGCACCAAAGGUGUUCUCAACAAUCUAAACGCAAAUUCAUUGAUGACAUAUUCCAAUCAGACUUACAUAGAGCACUAUAAGAAACGGCAUGGGGUUCAAUUAGAUUUUGUGGAUGAACCCCUUCUGAAUGGGAGACACACUUUCACGCUGCAUAAUCAUCUUCGCUUGAAUAUGAUGAAGAAAAAGAAAGAGCAUGAAAGAGAGUUUGUUGAACUACCUCCUGAAUUGUGUCACGUCAUUUUGUCCCCACUGUCAGUUGAUAUGAUCUAUUCAUAUACAUUCAUCCCAUCUGUUAUGCAACGCAUUGAAUCUUUGCUUAUAGCAUACAAUCUGAAAAAGAGCAUCCCAGAAGUCAAUAUUCCAACCAUCAAGGUUCUUGAAGCCAUCACGACUAAAAUGUGCCAAGAUCAGUUUCACUUGGAGUCACUAGAAACUCUUGGCGACUCUUUUCUGAAGUAUGCUGUUUGUCAGCAACUGUUCCAACAGUAUAAUACUCAUCACGAGGGUCUCCUCAGCACAAAGAAAGAUGCAAUGAUUUCAAAUGUCAUGCUCUGCAAACUUGGAUGUAACCAGAAACUUCAGGGAUUUAUCCGCAAUGAGUAUUUUGAACCUAAAGGUUGGAUGUUUCCUGGUCAACCAUCUGCAGCUUAUGCUCUUCGUGUGGCCGACGUUGUAGAAGCAUUAAUUGGUGCAUACCUCAGCGAAGGAGGUGAAGUUGCAGCUUUGAUGUUCAUGAAUUGGGUAGGUAUAAAGAUCGAUUUCACAACUACGCCAAUUGAAAGAGAGUUCUCAAUACAAGCAGAGAAGCUUGUGAAUGUAGGCUAUAUGGAGUCACUGUUGAAUUACAAAUUUAAGGAUCAGUCUCUUCUAGUUGAGGCAUUGACUCAUGGCUCAUACAUGAUUCCUGAAAUUCCAAGAUGUUAUCAGCGGGUGGAGUUCCUCGGUGACUCGGUGUUGGAUAUCUCAUAA